UUGGCCAGGCUUAGAUCAGAUCAGGAACAACCCUUCUUCUGCUUGCUCACUAACUUUGUCACCAUGUCCCUCAACAGUGAUCAGGAAACCAUUUACGCUCGUGUUACUGAAGCUCCUUUGAAGGAAUUGGUACGUUCAUACAGUGUGCCUAUAUAUUCUCGUUGACAUGUGAUAUGUACAGCAAAACCCGAAAAAUCAAGGUGAUGUAUCUGACAGCGAAAGCCAAAUGCUUAAGGAGAGGCUAAAAGUAGCUGAGAAGAUGUUGGGACUCAGGGAGGAUCAGGUGAUAGCACGAGAGGAGGGUCUGACAACGAUAGAAGAGGGUCUGAGGCUGCGUAAAGAGGAUUUAAAGUUCCGAGAAGAAGAUCUGAACAUUCGAGAGGGAGAAUUGAAGGUGCGAGAAGAUCGUUUACUUGUGCAAGAGAAGAAACUUGAAGAAAGGAGUCGUAACGCAUGAAAG